AUGGCCAUUCGAAGCGCCCUUAGUCAUUCAUUCAAUAUCACUGCCGAGAGUCUUGAGGGGCUACCUUGGGAGGUUGCAAGUCUGCUUUGGGAAAGACUCGUCGCUUCACAACUAGUCAGCGUGAAGGUCUGGAAGGCUUUUGCUGUUGCGUAUCCGAAUGAAGGCAUCGAUGCCCUGAAACGAAAGCAUCAUGUCAUAGCAAGACCCAACAUGAAACUCGGCGAUUAUGUCGCCUCUCUUAUCUCACCCUUAUAUCAUUGGGUGACCUUCCUGUCGCUGAGCAACGUCACCUGCUCCCGCACCGAUCUUGUCCAGAUUUCCCAGCUUACUAACCUCGGAGUCUUGACUAUCGGACGGAAAUUUACCACUCCAGACAUUGGGCUCGACGACAGCAUCAUCAGAGGCUGGGGACGAAGUGCUUCAUCAACAGAUGCCUUUAGAAUACUCCGAGUCCUCAAUUGCCGUUCGCAAAAGGACAUCACUGCCAACGUCUUCGCCCAUCUCAACCAAUUCCCGGCGCUAUCGGUAUUCAAUGUCGAGGACUGCAAUCUUGGUCCCAAACACAGACAAGCGGCGCAAAACCAUAAAUGGAAUUACAAAACGGGAAAAGACCUCAGCGAAUGGCUCGUAAAAGGCGGUGCGACUAGCGCUGGAUGGGAUUCGAUAGUUCACGCGAGCUUUCAACUUGGCGGAGCAUUUAGCAAGACGACAUUGACGGCUGAAGGUGUGGAGGCCAUUGAUGCAAUCCCAGUACUGCACAUGUCCAUAGGAGCCAAUCAACCAGACGCGCUGGUCGACGUAACAGGAGAUCAAAGCUUGAGGUCAUUCUACCGUGAGCGGGUUGACACCUUUAAGUUCCCAAAUAAGAGACCGUUGAGUCAGAACAUUGCACCAAGCAUCAAGAUGUCUUACCAAAAGCCAACCUUACGAGCAUCAAAGCAGCAAAAACUGGAAGAUGUUUUGACAGGGUUUGGGCGCUGA